AUUUAUUUUUCCCCUUUGAAGGAUGUAUGACUAGAAUUUAGAACAAGAAAAUCUAUUAUUAUUAUUUCCGUCCAAAAAAGUUGUUAACUCAUUUUCAUUUUUAACCUUUUUCCAGGCCACCAUAGUAUUAUUUUUUCUUUUCCCUAUUAUAUCCUUUCCAAAAAAGUAACGGAUGAUUGAUAAUUCACUUUUCUGUUUUUUUUUGGGCUGCACACGUGCGUAUCAGUGUGUGUAUGCGCGUGAGAGAGAUAAUGAAACAGUAGUGGAAGAAGAACAGAGCUUGGGAUUUUUCUAAUUUCCAUGGUGAACGUAAGGAAUACGUAAGUAACGAUCACAUACAGAUUGGAGACUGUGAUUUAUGGCGGCGAUCCCCAAGCCAAUGAAGGCGCGCGCGCACCGUCGCGACGACGACGACGACGAUGAUGAGGACGACGGCGGCCGCGAUGACGUCACGGAUGACGCCGACGAGUUUCGUUUCAGCUCGCUGGGUAGUUAUCGUUUCCAGUGUCGCCGCUGCCACCGUGAAGGAGGUGGAAGUGUUGAAGUGGUGGCGCCAAGGACUAGUGAGCUUUCUCUUGCUUUCGAAGGUGAAGUGUACGUUUUCCCUGCUGUCACUCCUGAAAAGGUGCAAGCAGUUUUGUUGCUUUUGGGUAGUGGGGACUCACCUAUGGCUCUCCCUCGCACUCAUGUCGCAUACGAUUCAACUAACAAGUAUAUUGAUGAUACACCUAAGCGUUCCAAUUUAUCACAAAGGGUAGCCUCUCUGGUAAGGUUUCGUGAGAAAAGGAAGGAGAGAUGCUUUGACAAGAAAAUUAGGUACAGCGUUCGCAAAGAAGUUGCUCAAAGAAUGCAUCGCAAGAAUGGUCAGUUUGCAUCAGUCAGAGAAGGUUCCGAAUCAUCCAUUUGGGACACGCCAAAGGCUAGCCCCCAGGGAGAUAAUACAUCUCUUCCAGGAGCUGCUCUCCGAAGGUGUCACCAUUGCGGCGUGGCUGAGAGUUCUACUCCAGCGAUGCGGCGUGGUCCUGCAGGACCAAGAACUCUAUGCAAUGCAUGUGGGCUUAUGUGGGCAAACAAGGUGUCCAGAACCUUCUUUCGGAAUUUAUUUCUUUUUUUUUUACUAUUUUAUCUUUUCUGAAAUCUGCCAGAAUUUUGUUUUAUAAGCUUUCAUUUCAGCAGUCUUAAUUCUUGCAAGGCGUUAAAGAUGAAAAAGGAAUGUUUUUCUAUAUGCAAAUUGGUUAAACCAUCCAUGUCCUGACUGUGAUGUUUGCUUUAAUAAGGUUUUCUAUUAAUUUGUGUGUUCUCGGUGACUGAUUGUGCGUGGGUGUGUAUGCGCACUUGUGGCAUGUAAAAGAUGCAUUCAGAACUUCAGUGGACAAGAAUAUAUAAUGCCUUUAGUUUUGAGGUUGCACCAUCUUGUUUAACGUAGUCCUUUAUGACUCCCUUAGGUUACUAUUGCUUAUCUUUUUUAGUUCCUUUGUGGUUCUGCUAAACUUUUUACAUAAUUUUGGUGUUCAACUUUGGUUGUUUUAAGUGCUUUUUGACCUUGCUUGAAUAGGGAACACUAAGAGAUCUUAGCAAGGGAGGCAGGAGUAGUUCCUUGCAGGCAGCGGAACCAGUAUGUUUUCUUGACCAUUGACCUGAUAACCAAUUUAUUGUCUUCAGGUGUGAGAUAAAUAUUCUGUCAUAUCAAUUAUGUGACAAUCUUGAAUUAUUGAUACUACAUGCAGAUGAUACCAAACGACCUGAAGCCUUCAGUCCUUCAGGCCAAAGUACCUGGCAAACCGGAUAAACACGUGUGUGUUGUUUGGCUGUGAAGCAGAUAAUGAGCACAAUGCUUCUUGUUUCUAAUGGUUCUUGUGUUAAAAUGCAGACCACUACCUCCAAGUCUAUGGUGAAGGGAAUUGAUAAUCAUCCUGCCAGACCAAAUAAAAGAGUAUACUCUUUUUCUGUGCCGGUGAAGAACUGUUUUUAUGAUUGUAUAUACUUUACUGACUCUGUAGUUUUAGAUAUGAUUAAUGUAGGAAAAGCGAUUUUUAUUUAGUUUCAUUGAGCAAAUCAUCCAGUCACUGACUUAUUUUAGAUAUAUUUUCCUGUGUAAUGAUUGUAACUGUCUUGGAAAUAUUUUAGUUGUAGGAGCUCCUUUCAAGUAUCAUCAUAGUUAUCAUGGAUUGUCAUACAGUACCUUGCCUUUCGUGCAGAUUCUUUGUGAAGCUCGUGAAGUCCUUGAAAGCGAUAUACCCAUGGGGAUCGUGCCUUAUUCGGUUGACCUUGAUGAGCAGGUAGUUUUGUCGUUCACCUUAGGCUCUCAACUCUUUCCCAGCAUGCUGUGUCAUAGUUGUAGACUGCACUUUUCAUCAUUGAUUUGUCUGCACUGCAGGAAGCUUUGGUUGACUAUGCAAAUACCUCAGAGACAGAAGUAGAUAUUCCCUCCAGCUUUGAUUGAGAAGGAUCAAGUAGUCUCGCUGUGGGUGCACCAAUAAGUUAGCUUCUUGGGACAUUGUUUGUUCACUUAUGAAGGAAUUGUUACUUGUUAGUGGAUGGGAUGCAUCUUAACCAGUGUCGCUGGAGAUUGUAUAUAGUACAGUGUGUUGUUAAUACAUAUACACGAUAAGGAUUCUGUUUGUACCAUGUUCAUGUGUAUAUUAUAGGUCAGUUGUUAGUUUACCUGUAAAAAAUUGGCUAAAGAUGCUUCUUGGUUAGACCCUUUUUUAAUCUGAUGAAGUUUCAUAGAAUCAAUAGCAGUGUAUAACGCUUUCGUGGAAUUGUGAAUUUACUUGAUUAUGAUCAUUAUCAGUGUUUUAGU